AUGGUGGUGGAUGGUGGUGGAACAAUAGAUAGUUUCCGAAGGCUGGAAGAAGACUCCACAUUGACUAGGGCAAUGAAAGCGAGCGACGUGCGCCGGCGGCUCCCAGGCAAAGCCUCUGCUGACGCCAGUGAACAGAAUAGCCCUGAGGAAGGGGCAAAAGCUAGACUUGGUGACAAACCGACCACCCAAUCUGUAUCUUGGACACCAAUCUUCCUUCUCUUGCUGGCGUCAAAGGUCUUGAGUGCCUUUCUCAACAUCAUCCACGACUGCGAUGAAACAUACAACUACUGGGAACCACUGCACUAUCUGAUCCAUGGGUAUGGACUCCAGACUUGGGAGUACAGCGCUGAAUUUGGCCUUCGGUCCUACCUCUACCUCCUCCUACACGCCGUCAUUGCCUUCCCCGCCUCUCUGCUCUUUGGCGAUGGCCCUGGCAAAGUAUACACUUUCCUGGCAGUCCGUUUAGGGCUCGCUAUUCUCUCUGCCCUCUCAGAGGCCUGGCUCGCCGUGGCCGCCUCUAGGUGGAUGAAGUCACGAAGCCUAGGGUGGCUGACUGCGCUGCUAUUGGCUGGGGGUAGUGGGACGUUCACAGCGAGCACGUCUUUCCUUCCCAGUACCUUCUCCAUGUACGGCCUCACAGCGUCCGCGGCCGCGCUCCUGUCCAAUCGCCCGGCGACAGCUGUCGCGCUCGCGGCAGCCGGUGUAACCCUCGGCUGGCCCUUUUCCAUCCUCGCUACCGUUCCGAUCGUCCUUUUCGCACUCUUCACCGGGGGUUUCUGGAAGGUGUUUGCGGCAGGCGCAGUCGCUUUACUGGGUACUUUGGUCCCCUCCGCUCUCAUCGACCGCUUCUUCUACGGCACCUGGCAAGUCUCCCUUUGGAAUAUCGUUCGAUACAACGCGGGCGGCGGGGGCGAUUCACACCUUUACGGCGUCGAACCGGCUUCGUUUUACCUCCGCAACCUGGUUAACAACUUUAACCUCGCGCUGCCCCUGGCUCUCGUCGCCCCAGUUAUGAUUCUGCUCACCCGGAAACCGGGUUACGGGAGGCUGCUGGUGGGGAUAGCGCCGCUGUACUUAUGGCUCGGGGCCAUGUCGUGUUUACCGCACAAGGAAGAAAGGUUUCUGUACAUUGUCUAUCCCCUCCUCUGCCUGGCCGCCGCAGCUUCCUUAGCCUUCCUGCCAGACAUUCUCCGCCAUCCGAUCCUUCGCCGCCUCAUCCAAGCCGUCCAAACCAGCCUGGUUAUCUUAACCCUCCUACUCUCCGCAUCCCGAACCGCGUCGCUCCUUAUCAACUACUCCGCUCCCUUCCCGAUCUACCGCCACCUGGCAAGCCCUGCUGAGCUGGCGCACGCACGCGCGAUGAUGUCAGCGAGGCACGCGGCUGAAGUCACCCGCUCGGGACUGAUGUCCGGUGACCAGACAGCCGAGGUCGCGCACUCGGAGUACCUGCUGCGACACGCGCAUAGCUUAUCCCCUGCGCACAUAGCUUAUCCCCCGGAGAGGGCCGCGGUGUGCGUCGGGGCGGAGUGGUAUCGGUCCCCGGGGUCCUUUUUCCUGCCGUCUUCUGAGCAUAGGUUAGCGUUUCUGGAUGAGGGGUUUGGGGGUUUACUGCCGUUUCCGUUUAACGGAACGGCCGGAGGAACGAGAGCAAGACCGGGGUACUUCAAUGACAGGAACCGGGCCAGCCCGGGACAGUUUUUGAGCGACCAAAGUAGGUGCGACUACCGGGUGGACUUUCGCCGGAAAGGGGAGGGUGGGAGGGACGAUGACGACUUGUGGGAGGUUGUCGCAGAAAGACCUUUUCUGGAUGCGGCGAAGUCGCCAGCCCUCUCCAGGGCCUUCUACGUCCCGGGGUGGAGUGCUGCUAAAAAUAAAUUCGGGACGUAUCGACUGAGUCGUCGAAAGAGAUGAAUAGCUUCUGGGCUUCGGUGUCAAAGACACGCUCAAACUGCCCAUCGGCCGGUAGCACUUACGUAUGAAGACGUAUGAAGACAUCGGUGCGCAACCGAAACAAAGACUCUUGAGAGCUUGCCCGCUUCCAAGUCCAGUGUGCAGACAGCACAACUUAGAGUAAGCUACCGGCCUUCGGCCUCCGAUAUGACCAUCUUUGCUGCCUGGUCGAAGCAAGGCCCAAGCACAGCAUGAUGAACGGGAGAGGAAGCCGCAGCUUCAUCAAACGGUGAUCCGUUUGAUCCACUUGAUCAUAUGCCUACUGACGUUUCG